CUCUCGAUCAAUUCAAAAGGACAAACGUUUACACAUCAGUCAUCUCGUUGCUCUGCUUUCACUUAUAGUUAUUAACCAUUACCAUACUCAUUGCUAACUACUUACUAAUUACGGUACCGUCAGUUUAAAAAAGUGUUAAAUAAAUUAAUAAGAAAAUAUGAAGAUUUUUUGUGUGUUACUGUUCAUUGUCGGUGGAUGUUUGGCUGGCGCGUGGGAUAAUAAUAACAACUCUCGAUGCCCGCCUGUUCUAUUUCCAAACGGUAAAGUACGAUCACGCGGUCGUGGAAGGAUUAUCAGAUUUAAUUGCUUCGAAGGAUUCACCCUAGUCGGCAAUAAAUACUCGACGUGUGUUCGCGGCACUUGGGACACACCAACGCCAGUUUGCGUUAAUUCGCAGUGUCCUUCAUUGGCAACUCCAGACCAUGCAUUAGUUGCCUCGAAAUAUAACGGCGCGAUACUGAUGUAUUUCUGCGAACCGGGACAUGUAUUAAUUGGUACUGCGGAAAUUUACUGCAAUGGAAAACAAUGGAAUGGAACUGCGCCUUACUGUAGAGAUACGACCGCCGCGGCGCCAAUAAAAUGUGAUUUUGAAAAACCGGAUCUUUGCUGGUGGGAACAAGAUCCGCGGCACGAUUUUGACUGGCGACGACAUAAUUUUGAAACACCGAGUUCUCAUAUUGGGACUGGACCAACAUAUGAUCAUACACUUGGCGCCGGAAAUGAUGGUUACUAUCUUUAUAUUGAGGCUUCCGGUCGACUUGUAAAUGAUACUGCGCGGAUUAUUUCCCCUUUAUAUAAUGCGUCAUACACAGACUCCGGAUGUUUUUCAUUCUGGUAUCACAUGUACGGCGGAACGAUAGGUGCACUACGUGUGUACUUUAAAGAAGAGAGUACAGAGACACCUAAAUUAAUGUUCGAAAAGCUGGGUAAUCAGGGUAAUCGUUGGCUACACGGUUUGUUUGAUCUUCCAAAGACAAACUCAAGUUUCCAGAUAAUAAUUGAAGGUGUACGUGGCUCGAGCUAUGUCAGCGAUUUGGCAAUUGACGAUGUUGCUAUUCUACAAACUGAAGAGUGCACUCAAGCUAAAAAAAUUGAUUCUGAUACUACUGCACGUAGUGUGACUACAAACGAUGAUCAAAUCGAAAUAAUAAAUGCACUGCAAAGUUGUCGCGGUAGAUGCGGUAAUGUACCUGGAAUUAAUACUUGGACAACAAUUAUACCAUUGUCUUCACCCGAUGCCUGUCAGUGUUCUCUCGACUGCGCUGAGAAUUCCACUUGUUGCCCCGACUUCGCCGAGUACUGCAUUCUCGCCAUCACGGACUAUCCGGCAUCACCGACAAUGUCACCAACAAACGGACUACUGUCGACAAAAUUAAACCCAUCAGUGAUAACAAUAGACCCGAAAGAUGAAAUAGACCCCGAAGUAUCAACCGCACCUCGUAAAUUGUCACCAUCCAUCACAACUAAAUUAGAGACAAUUGAAUUAAUGGUAACGAGCCCACUUCCACGUCUUAAAACUACCAGGAGCAGGACCAAAACAACAGAGAACAAAGCUAUUCAUCCAGAGACACCAUUUCCUACGAUUAAAUUACAGGAACAAACAACAGAAUUAAAUACCGCAAUAAUUAAUAAGUACAAAAAGACUACAGCCUCGGUUAUUAAUAAUAAAGUUACCUCAGAAUCGGAAGUUUUUGUUGAUCGAGCUGAACAAUUACACGCGGUAGCGAGUCUCGGUAUGUCGGAGAUAAUUAGUAUUGUUGUGGUGCUGAUAGCAGCGGUAACUAUUGCUACUGGAAUAAUAAUUGUCGUGUUACGAAGACGUAAAACUUACAAAAGAGGCUCUGGUAGCAGCGGCUCGGUACUAUCUGAUGACAGCGACGUACGUUUUUUGACAUCCGACGAAGUACUUGACUUUAAUUUAGCGCGCCCGAGUGAGUACGAUGAACUUUAAUUAUUUAAUUUUAUUAUUUAUUAAUUAACUAAUUAAUUGUCAUACUCUUUAGCUCAAUACGUAUCAUAAUUAUCAUUAUUAUAUACUGUUGCAACUUAAUUAGGUCUAUUUUAUAUGUAAAUAAUUAUAAUUAUAAUUAUAUGGAGAUUGAGGAUAUGAUUAAAUUACAAAUUUUUUUUUUU